UCCACACAUUUCGCUUUGCAUAACAGGCCGCUCAGUCUUUUAAGCUUAAAUUCGCCUUUUGUUACUGUGAAUAUCAAUUAAAAUGUCAAAGGCAGCUGGUAAAUUGAAGACCCUCAAGAAAACCGCAGACAAAAUUACGCACACAACAAAACUGAGAACAAAUAUACCAGCCGGCAUGGCUGCAGCAGGUCCGCCAUUGGGUCCCAUGCUUGGCCAGCGUGCUAUUAAUAUUGCUGCAUUUUGCAAGGACUUUAACACGAAAACGUCCGAGAUGAAAGAGGGCGUGCCGCUGCCCUGUCGUAUCACAAUGAAUAGCGACCGUAGCUAUAACUUGGUUAUACAUCACCCUCCGGCCACGUUCCUUUUAAAACAGGCAGCGGGUAUACAACGCGGGACAAUGACACCAGGUCAUGAGGUUGCCGGCAUGAUAACUCUUAAGCAUUUGUAUGAAAUUGCCGCCAUAAAGAUACAAGAUCCACCCAACGUAAUGCUCACAAUGAAGCAAAUGUGUGAAAUGCUAAUUGGUAUUGCUCGCACUUGUGGCAUUAAAAUUGUUCGGGACUUGGAUCCCACGGAAUAUGCAAAGUUCCUUGAGGAACGCAAGGUCAUUGUGGAGGAUCAACGACGUGAGUUGCAGGAGAAACGUGAAGCGAAAAUGUUGCGAACCGGCUAAACUUAUCACGUUUAAAUCGUUUUUACUCGUUAAUAUACAUACAUUUUAAAACUAAA